GGAGGAGAGGACGGUGAAGCAGCUCCGGCUGACCAAGGCGCUGACUCUCCCGGAGGCCACCGCGGUGUCGGAGGCGUGCCGGAGGAUGGCCGCCAGGCGCGCCGACGCCGCGCUGCUCACCGACGCGCAAGGGGUGCUCUCCGGCAUCCUCACGGCCGAGGACAUAUCGGGUCGAGUGAUAGCCGAGGGUCUGAGGCCAGAGGAAACAAGCAUGGCCAAGGUGAUGACGCGGACUCCGGUUUUCGUCAUGUCCAACUCAUCGGCCACCGAGGCACUGCAGAAGAUGGUCCAAGGCAAAUUUAGGCAUCUUCCUGUGGUGGAAAAUGGUGAAGUCACUGCCAUGUUGGACAUUACCAAGUUCCUCUGGGAUGCAAUUUCAAGAAUGGAGCAGGCAGCAGAACAAGGCAGUGCUAUAGCAGCUGCCAUGGAAGGGGUUGAACGGCAGUGGGGAAAUGAAUUUGCAGGUCCGCACGCAUUCAUAGAAAAUCUUCGAGACCAGAUGUUCAAACCUUCUCUGUCAACUAUCAUAUCUGAAAAUAGCAGUGUUCCAGUGGUAUCUCCUUUAGAUCUAGUAACUGUGGCGGCCAAAAAGAUGCGAGAAUACCGAGUUAACUCAGUGGUUGUCAUGACAGGGAACAUAUUGCAAGGGAUCCUCACCUCCAUGGAUCUGGUCUUGCGAGUAGUGGCACAAAGUCUGUCCCCCGAGGUAACCCUCGUAGAAAAGGUUAUGACUGCAAGUCAUGGUUGUGCCACACUGGACACAUCAAUCCUCGAGGCUCUACAGUCAAUGCAAGAUGGCAAAUUUCGUUAUAUUCCUGUUGCAAACAAAAGAGGACAGAUUGUCGCCUGUUUGGAUGCUCUACAGUUAGCCCACGCAAGCAUCUCCAUGGUUGAGGGAGCCUCCGGACGAAAUGAUACGGCAAAUGCUAUGGUUCAGAAGUUUUGGGAUUCAGCUCUUGCCUUGCAUCCAGCAGAGGAAUAUGACGAGCAUAGUGAAGAGUCUCGUACGGCAGCGUCAGACAGUGUUGAAGGGAAGCAAACACCCCCUCAUGUCGGCAACGCGUUCUCUUUCAAAAUUGAAGACAGAAAAGGACGGAUGCACAGAUUCAGUUGCGUUUCAGAGAGUUUGGAUGAGCUUGUGUCUGCUGUUGCAUACAGAUUGGGAAUGGAAAACGAGAAGGCGAAUGUAAAUCUUCUGUAUGAUGAUGAUGAAGGUGACAGAGUUCUUCUUGCCACUGAUGGUGACCUCGUUGCGGCAAUUGAGCAUGCAAGAUCAGCCGGAUGGAAGGUUCUGAGGCUGCACAUGGAGGACGGUUCCGAGACCGAGACCGGGGCGGUGUCCAUUUCCUCGUUGCCUGUAGAUGCCUCGGUGCCGUGGAGAGGCUGGCCAUCGUCCGUCGGGCUGGGGAUUGUUGCCGGCGCGGCUGCGGUCGCCGGCGUCGUGGUAACUGCCUACUUGAGACGCUCCGAGCUCUGACAGUCUGACUUGAAACAUACUUGAUUCAACAUUGUAAAGAUGCACUUGCACAGGACUUAGAGGCUCACACCGGCAGCAAAGCCGUGGCCAAGCCUGUAUGAGAUUUUUUAUUUUUCUUCCAGGGUUUGCAUUCGUAGUAACUGGGUUCAGAGAGUGUGUUUUUCUUCUUGGGCGUUCUACUUGUGAGUUGUGACAACAGGGGUUCAUAAUAUCUAGGGACGAGCCAUGCAUGCCUGAAACACACAAAUGGCUGUUUUUUCCUCAACAGUUGAUAUUCUGAAUCGCAAA